AUGGAUUCAUUUAAACGCAAAAAGUCAAAGUCGCAGAGCAAAGAGCCUGCUUUGAACAAUUACACUGGUAACCAAUCACCACCUGCCGGCCUUUUCCUCAUCUACUUCCCUCAUGUGUUUGGGUUGAUGCAUGCAGCGUGGCAUUUGCCGACCCCAGUUCCGGAUAUCCUGCGUGCAGGCGCUGUGCUUUUUGGCGGCGCCUUUUUUGUCUCUAAUGCGAUUCAUAUCUGGAAUGACCUCAUCGACGCGCCCCUGGACGCUCUUGUCUCAAGAACGAAGCACCGUCGAAUUCCCCGAUGCGCAGUGUCACCCACCGCUGAAUUGGUCUACACUAUUACCCAGGCUAUUGCAGCAGCCUUAUUCCUGCCAUUGCUACCGCAUUCUCAAACGUGGUUCUACGCGCUGCCCAGUAUCCUCGGUUGGACGUACUACCCCUGGGCUAAGCGGCAUACAAACUACCCUCAGGUGCUGUUAGGUCUGUGCCUCGCAAGGGGUGUUGUGAUGGGAGAACUCUCCCUUGGCAUAGAGAUGAUCAGUUUCCCCCAGGGCUGGAGCUGGAAAAAAAAUGAUCCCCGGCGAGUUCCACAUAUUGAGGAUGAUCUCAAGGCGGGCAUAAAGAGCAUCGCGGUACUGUGGAGGCAACAGACGAAGAUACUAUUAUGGGGUUCGCUGGUUACGCUGGCGUUACUAUUAAGUUACUGUGGCUAUGCCAUAAUUGGAGCGACAGGAUCAUUAGGGCGGAUGAUAUUGCAGGUGGAUCAAAAGGAUGAGCAAAGUUGCUGGUGGUGGUUCAGAAGUUGA